GUGUUUGUAGAGACGAAGUGAAGUGAAGGGAAUGUGGAGCUCGUCGAGAACUAUGGAUGCUAUUACCAUUUCAAAAAAUGGAAUUCAAAUGGGCAGGUGGUCUUCUCUUAGCCUUUUUCUUCCGCCAUCUCUGCUUGUUUCAUCUCUUUCUUCUAAAGCUACUAAAACAAAUCCGCGAGCGAGUCUUGUCCAGUUGUUCAAGAAUACUACAGAAGAUGAUGGUUGCAAAUCAAGUUCAGGUACCUCCAUUAGUGUUGACGAAGCAUUCCGCAGAUACCACCUAUUGAUUCAUUCAAAACCCUUACCAAAAAUUGGUGUUUUCAAUCAACUAUUUGGAACACUUGCCAGAUACAAACACCAUUCAACUGUAAUUUUUAUGUACAAAAACAUGUAUUCCUCGCAAAUUAAGCCCAAUGUGGCUACACUAACCAUCUUACUAAACUGUUUCUGUGGAUUGAAUCGUCCAGAUUUGGGUUUUUCUCUUUUUGGGAUCAUCAUGAAACGUGGUUUCGAGACAGAUAUUGUCACAUUGACUACCCUGCUUAAGAUUCUCUGUACUGUGGAUAAAAUUGCAGAGGCCAAAGAGUUGUUUCACAAGAUACUCGACAAAGGGUACCCUUGUAAUGAAGUCACUUACUUAACCAUAAUCAAUGGGCUCUGCAAGACUCGAAACACUUGUGAGGCUCUUGAAAUGCUCAAGGCGACAGAACUCAGGGGUAAAUGUAAGCCUACUGUUAUGAUGUAUAAUGCAGUCAUUGAUGGCCAUUACAAAGAAGGAAAGCUAAAUGAGGCUCUGAACUUAUUCUCUGAUAUGGGUGGGAAACAUCUCUCCCCGACUGUUGUUACCUACAGUAGUUUGAUUCAUGCGCUAUGCAAUUUAAGUAGAUGGAAAGAAGCUGCAAAUUUGUUCCAUGAAAUGUUGGACCAUGAAAUCUCACCAAAUGUUAUUACCUUCAACAUUCUGAUAGACGGUCUAUGCAAAGACGGAAGAACUGUUGAGGCACAUAAGUUGUUUGAAUUAAUGCUUCAAAGAGGACUGAAGCCUACUGUUGUCACAUUGAACUCUUUGAUUCAUGGCCAUUGCAAUUCUAGUCAAUGGGAAGAAGCCACUGGGUUGCUAAAUAAAAUGUUGGGACUAGGAGUCUCUCCUAAUGUCGUGACUUUCAAUAUUUUGAUAGAUGGUCUUUGCAAAGAAGGAAGAAUUACUGAUGCACAUAAGCUAUAUGAAUUGAUGCUUCAAAGGGGACAAAAGCCUACUGUUGUCACUUUCAACUCUUUGAUUCCUGGUCAAUGCAAUUCUGGCCAAUGGGAAGAAGCCACUGGGUUGCUAAAUAAAAUGUUGGGACUUGGACUCUCUCCUGAUGUCGUGACUUUCAACAUCCUGAUAGAUGGUCUUUGCAAAGAAGGAAGGACUACUGAUGCAUAUAAACUAUUUGAAUUGAUGCUUCAAAGGGGACAAAAGCCUGAUGUUGUCACUUUCAACUCUUUGAUUCAUGGUCAAUGCAUUUCUGGCCAAUGGGAAGAAGCCAUUAGAUUGCUAAAUAAAAUGUUGGGACUACGAAUCUCUCCUAAUGUUGUGACCUUAAGUGUUUUGAUUUAUGGCCUAGGAAAUACUAGCCGAUGGAAAGAAGCCACUAAUUUGUUGAAUGGAUUGUUGGAUAAGGAAUCUCACUUGAUGUAAUUACCUUCACUGUGUAUGUUGGUGGAUGCUUUCUACAAAGGAAAAAAUGAUGAAAGAAGCAAAUGAGCUGUUAGAUCUGAUGAUUUGAAGAGGCAUUGAACCCAAUAUUACCCAUUUGAUGCUUUGGUAUUUGGGAUUUACUGUAUGAUCUGGAGCUUGUUUUCGUGAAUAACUCUCAUGAAUUUGUGGACGAGUACUUGAAGAAACCGGAAUUCGCUGAACUUAUGCAGAGGCUUGGUGCCUUAGGCUAUGGAAACCAGGACCUAAGCACACUAUCAGAGGAUGAGUGGAUUGUUGUUUACUUGUAUUUGGAAUUUGUCUCGAGAAAGUGAGCAUGUUUUGAAUGAUGUGGACUCUUUGUGAUUUGUAUUGUUUUGGAUCUCAAAACAGUGAAACACCAUUUAAUUGGAUAGAUCUCAAGUUAUGUAUGCUUCCCCCUCCCUUCCUUUUCUGUGAUCUUUGGAUGUGAAAGCUGAAAUUCAAAUUUCGAUGAGCAAUCUCAGCAGGGACAACAAGAUGGCAACCUGAGGAGCAACUAUAAUAGAGGAAACAGAGGGGAGAUGCAGAAGGGAAGACAUCAUGCACAUUAACAGUGGGCUGUGAGGGAUUAAGUGACAAGUUUGAUCCUAGAGAUCUUCAUUUCAGAAUAUGGGAAUGAUGAGAGGAGGGUCACAUGGUUAGUUGAUGCAUAACCAUGACGAAAAAGAAAAAAGAACCUGCUCUUUGGAGAGGGGAUCAAAUUUGUUAUUCAAUUUGGUAGAAUCUCAAUGUCACUUGUAAUCACAGCUAUGAUUCAGAUUGGACCGAAAUUGGUUGAAACCUGAGAAAUGAAAUGAGAAAAAGAAGCAUAAAUUUGCACAGA